AUCAGCCUCAACUUACAACGUAUCUACAAGCGAUGGAAUACCCUCCUCAAUUCUCCGAAGAAAGAGGCCUCGCCCUGAUAGCCGACAUUGUCGACUGGCAGAUUAACCACGGUUCAUUGCUCAAGCAAAUUAUCCCUCAUUCUUCUACCUCUUCCUCUUCACAAUGCUCUCCUGUUGGAGUCUCGGUCUUUCCGACAUUAUUCCCUCGCGCACAAUUCGAUCAUGCGCGGGAGUUACAGCCCAUCUACAAUGAACUAUAUUGCGCCAUGGCUGAGGAUGAACAAUGGAUCUUCGAGGCCAUUCGCGAUCUACUUCCGGUUGACCCUCUGGCCGCAGCGCUCUGGGGCAUACAUAAGGAGGUGAAGCAAGUUGGAUAUGCGCAAAAAAUAUCGGUCGGCAUUUUUCGGUCGGACUAUAUGUUGGAAGGACCAGAGGCCGAGUUUCCGCUCCGAUCAGGGCAGACCUUGAAUGUCGCUUUAAAACAGGUCGAGUUCAAUACGUUUUCGUGCGCCGGAGGAACGCAUGCGAACAAGACCGGGGCGAUGCAUCGUUAUCUUGCACGCACCAGCGCCUACGAGACCGGAAGUGAUAGUACAACCCCCGUCUCACUCGAGGCCUUGCCGCGUAACGACAAUAUCACAUCCCUCUCCGGAUGCCUAGCCGCCGCUCACCAGGCUUAUGGGCGCCAGAGAAACCGGGCGGCUGCCGACACAGCGGUUCUGUUCGUGGUCCAGCCCAACAAUUUCAACAUCGCGGAUGAGCGACCGCUGGAGUACGCACUGUGGGAUCAAGAUGUUCCCGCCUACCGAGUCGACUAUCCAGAUGAUUUCCUUCAGUACACGACCCUAACUGAGUCGCGUGAACUUCUCUUCCACCCACCAUGGCUAGGGUCAAAGUGUGUUGAAGUCUCGGUCGCCUAUAUGCGUGCCGGUUACGAGGCCUAUGAAUACGAUUCUAUAGGCCAAGAAGCCCGGCUUCGAAUAGAGCUUUCCCUUGCCAUUAAAUGCCCUUCACUCCUGGCACAUAUCUGCACCUUCAAAAAAGUACAAUGUGCUCUCACAGCCCCGGGGGCGCUGGAGCAUUUCUUAUCCCCAGAGAAAGCAGCCAUGAUCCGGUCAACCUUUGUCUCCAUGUAUUCCUUCGACGAUAGUGACAUAGGAUCUCGGGCCCGCCAUCUGGCGACCGAUCAGAAACUUGCGCGGAAUUAUAUAUUGAAGCCGUCCUUGGAAGGCGGAGGGCAUAAUACUUUCGGGGAGGAUAUCCCCGACUUUUUGGCGUCCAUUCCCGAGUCUCAAUGGAGUG